AUGUCAGUUUUUGAACAACAGAAAAUAGACAUGGAUACAGACAUCCACUAUGAAAAUGUAGACGGAAAGUAUACCUGCUUUGAAGGUACUCAAGUGUUAGACACUGUGAUGAUUAUAACCUCAAUUUUACAAGAGAGGACAGAGGAUGUUGGAUUUUGUCAUCUUACCUCAGCAAGUAAUUAUACUAAAGAUAGUAUUGAAAAUGUCUUGUCAAACUACUUGAAAAUCAUAUUUGAUGACCGUGAGGUUAGCAACACAGAGCAUAGCGGUGUCAAGUUAGCAGUCUAUCUGCAAUCGUUCUGGUGCUCAAGCCGUUUUGUACUUAUCGUUAUCGGCUUCUGUGGAUUGGUGAAUCUAUACGCCUUGCGAGUAACCAUGAGUGUUGCAAUAGUGUGUAUGACGGGAUCUGAGACGAGCAAUACCAGCAGUUUUGCCGAUGGAAAUGUUUCAGAAAGUUAUAUGCCAGAGAUUGUCACAUACGAAUUUUAUUUACAAUACGAGUCCAGGUACAGGUAUCAAACCCAUGAAUGGUUUGAUUGGGACAAAGAGACUCAAGGACUUAUACUUGGUUCCUUUUAUCUUGGAUAUGCGCUAACACUAUUACCAAGCGGUUGGCUUUCGGGAAGAUAUGGCGGAAAACAUUUGUUUGGCUGGAGCAUGUUUGUUUGUGCUGUUGCAACAUUAUUCACACCAUUAGCUGCGAGGACAAGUGUGGUUGUGCUUAUAGUUAUACGUGUUUUGACUGGACUAUGUCAGAUAAAAACCAGCAGCAAAAUCUGCCCUAUAUACAAAGACAACAUGACAAAGCAUUUACUCACUAACACAAUGGCACAACAGGCAGAUGAACAAGAACAUAAAGGGAAUCAGAUUGGUUUGAUGGUAGCAUUUCCUGUCAGUGGUGUCCUAUGUGUCGAUGGUUUCGAUGGUGGUUGGCCUAACAUAUUCUAUGUAUUUGGUUCUCUUGGUGUAGUAUGGUUCUUGGCUUGGAUGUAUCUCGUGUAUGACUCGCCAGGAUUACAUCCCAGGAUCUUUGUGAAGGAAAGGGAAUAUAUUGUAGAACAACUUAAAUCUGAUAUAGAUAUAAGUAAACAGGCGGGAUUUCUUGCUUCUCUACCGUAUCUUGGCUUCUGGGUCAUUUCUAACGUGUCUGCUCAUCUUGCCGACUUCCUUCGAAAACGAGGUUACAUUUCAACUACAACAGCAAGGAAAGUCUUUAACAGCAUAGGUGGGAAAAAACGUAACAUCUUACCGGCAAUAGUUAUUGCUAUCUUGGGAAAUGUUGCCAACGACCCGGGUAUUGCAGUUGCCAUGUUGACUCUGGGCAUGACUAUGUCUGGUUGCCAGUACGGCAGUGGUUUUAAAACAAAAGAGCAGUGGAAGACAGUAUUCUAUAUUACGGCUGCAAUCUACACAUUUGGCGCAAUAUUUUACAUCAUAUUUGCGUCGGGUGAAUUACAGGAUUGGGCUCGUGAUGAGGAUGAUGACCAAGAAAUUAAUGUAAGCGAUAAAAGUGCAACUCUGGAAGAAAAAAAAAUGAUGACGAAAAAGUAACGCACAUGUAGAACUUAGUAUGCAUGCACAAUACAUUAAAAGUACAAUGUACAAACAAAUUUGCCGAUUUACAGAUAUUUUCAAAUGGAAUGGGUUGGACCGAUGAAAAGGGUUGCUAAAUGUGAAAAAGUAAACGUUACUCAGUGCAUGGGGGAAAUGUUUUGUUAGUAUUUACGUCACUAUGGCAAUAUUUAGGUUAUAUAGCGGCAUUUCAGCUUUUUGUUGGUGGACGAAGAUCCCAGUUGCCUCUAAGAAAUGUUUUAGGCAUGGACGGCCCCCCUGGAAAAACCACAGACCUUUCGUGAGCUUGCUGGAGGACUUCCUCGCAUGAAGAAUUCUACACCCCAAACGAGGAUUCGACGGGCAAGUGAUUCUAAGUCUGCUACCUUAACUACUCUGCCUCGAAGGUUCCCAAUUGUACGGAGAAAAGAAAGUCUUAUCUGUUCAAAUAUGGAAUAAAAUUUAGUGCAGUAUUGUUUCUUAACUGUCGAGAAAAUAGCAAAAUAAGUAAUGAAAUAUUAUUUUCAUACUAAAGGGAACAUUAUAUAAACUAAGUAAUA